ACUACAAAGUCUGGGUCAAAAUAAAAAUGUUGGCUGUGAUUUUCAUUGUUAUAGUUUUGUUUUUAAUAUUGUGCUGGUACAAAUCUCAUCCUAAUUCACCUCCGACAUUUCCUGGAGAAUUGCCGAUAAUUGGACAUGCAGUUCAAAUGAUAGAACACCGAAAUGACAUAUGGACCUACAUAAAACGCGUUUGCGAUCACGCAAUGGAAAAUGGUGGACUUACUCGGCUAAGCGUGGGUUUUCAUACUAUUUAUGCCAUAACUGAUCCAACCGACGUCGGUAUCGUAGCAAGCGCGUGUUUAGACAAAGCAUUUUUUUAUAAAAUCGGAAAAGAUUUUGUUGAAAAAGGAUUAUUAACAGCUGAUGCAAUAAUAUGGAAGCCUCAUCGAAAGCUGAUAAACCCAGCAUUUAAUCAGCAAAUACUAAACACGUAUCUUAUUGAAAUGAACGUACAAGCUAAAAAUCUUGUCUCACAUUUGACUGCUAUGGCUGAAAACGGGCAGGUCGAUACUUAUCAAUAUUUGAUCCAAUACGUUUUAAGGAUAGUUUGUCGGACAUCAUUAGGAUUGGAAUCUAAAGAUCAGAACAUUAUUGACACCAAUUACACUAAAGCAAUCCAGGAAAUAUUUAAAAUAUUUUGCUAUCGUGCUUUUAAUCCUUGGUUAUAUCCGUCAUUUAUAUACAAAAGAACUGCAUUGAAAGGAAAAGAAGACAAAUUAAUAAAAGAACUCAACAACAUGAUAAAUACUGUUAUUCAAAAACGAAAAUCAGAUUUAAAGUCAAAUAACUGUAUUACGAACAAUGGAAUUGAUUCAAUAACGGGUAGAUUUAAACCCAUUUUAGAUCUUCUAUUACAUUUAGCUGAUAAAGAACAAGUCUUAACUGACGAUGAGAUCAGAGAACAUCUUGAUACUAUUGUAAUAGCCUCUUACGACACAACUUCAACAGUACUACAGAAUAUUUUGUUGGUGCUAGGAUCAUACCCAGAGGUACAGGAAAAAGUUUAUAAAGAAGUUCAAGAAGUAUUUCAAAACAAUGAAGAUUUAAAUAUCCAUGAUUUGUCAAAACUUGUUUACAUGGAAGCAGUGAUAAAGGAAGUAUUGAGAGUAUAUGAUGUAGUUCCUGUAGUUGCAAGAAAACUUGACACUGAUAUUGUCCUCCCAAAAUGUACUUUGAAAGCGGGAAGUACAUGUAUACUGUCUUUGUAUGGCCUCCAUCGUCACUCUUCAUGGGGGCCAGACGUGAACCAGUUUAAGCCGGAGCGAUGGCUGAACCCCGCGACUUUACCUACAAAUCCCAACGUUUAUGCUGCGUUUAGUAUUGGCAAGCGGAACUGUAUUGGGAAACAAUACGCUAUGAUGAGCCUAAAGAUUUCUCUUGCACACGUCGUGAGUAAGUUCCACAUUUCGGGUGACAUCAAAAAUAUCAAAUGGAAAUUUGAACUCGUAUUGAAACCAGCAGAACCGGCUCUUAUUGGCUUUGAUUUAAGGUCUUAGUUUUAGAGUAAAAAAAUAAAUAAAAG